AGAGAGAGAGAGGGCGGUUGUUCAGCUCAUCCGGAGGAAGAAGCAACUAGCCAAGAAGCCUCAGCAGUCACACUUACCAAAGCGGCUCCGUUUAGCCAGAGGGCUACUCUUUCAGCAUUUAGCGUUUAUAUGUGAAUUUACACUUUUAAACACGGUCGCUCUGUCUCUCGUGCUGUGUGUGUUGUGUUUGGCACGCGGCUGGGAGUGGGAUUUUCUUUACCGUAACUUAACGGCGGCGGCAGUUGUUAGACCGGUGUUUUCGGCGCCUCCUCGCAGCGGAUUUACAAAGCCUCUCCGGUGCCCGCAAUGAUAUUCGGCACCUUGGACAGAGACUGAGCGUUUCAGCACCCUGGACAGCGAUUCACCAUCCGGAGGCUGUGGAGAGGCUGGCACGUGGCAAGAGGAGGUGGAAAGGAUGGAUCCUCAGCCCGGUGUAAAAGCCUCCCCCCAGGGAAGCCGGCCUCAGACGCAAGGCCUCAUGGGCCGUUGACCUGCUGUUUCUGUGAUUUAUGGCGGCUGGAGGCCUCUGGCCACUGCAGACUACUCUCCUCCAUUUCCCCAAACACACUCUUCAGGACUGCAAGGAGCCACACACACUGCACCACCGUCUACAGGAGUAUCCAAAGAGGGAUUCCUCAUACAUGCUGAGCCGUAACACACCUGUGCAUAUAUCUAUUGUUUACUGGACUGUCUCAGACAAAAAUAAACACAUUUGUAAACAUUCCUACACUACAGCACAGUGCUGUGCCAUCCCAUCACAUGUCCUUUGGACUAACUCUGCUAUCAGAGUGUUCUUCCUUUGACUGUGUGUUGAUUACGAUCAGUAAUGGCGUGUCAACUGUAGAGUCGUCUGUGUAACUGCUGCUCAGGGGCAGAGCUGAAUCAAUGGAAGAGUACUGAGUAACGAAGUGAUGUUCCUGUUUUCACAUGGUCUGAGAGCAAUCAGUUGCCAGCAUCUCUUUGUUGAUCUCACACAAGACUCUGCAUCUACUUUGAAGUAAUAACAGACUAUUAGUGCAGUGACUUGUAGUAUUAAUUUGAUAUUAAACAUACUGUAGCUGGUCAGUUACUCCUGUGCACAUGAAGUCUGUCAUACCACCUUAAUAACCCUUUUUUCUUCACCUCUAAAGGUUUGGAGUGUACACAGUACAUUUUACUGUCUGGACUAUUUUAUUUUUACAUUUGAAAGCUGUGGCCUGAAAGUGAGAGCCAACAGGUGCCCUCGCCAUGGUGUUGCCACCUCCAGACAAACGCCACGUGUGCCUGACCACCAUUGUCAUCAUGACCAGCAUGGCCUUCAUGGACGCCUACCUGGUGGAGCAGAACCAGGGUCCCAGGAAGAUCGGUGUGUGUAUUAUUGUGCUAGUAGGAGAUGUUUGCUUCCUGAUAGUGCUACGGUACGUGGCAGUGUGGGUUGGUGCCGAGGUGCGCACCGCCCGACGCGGAUAUGCCAUGAUUCUUUGGUUUCUGUACAUCUUUGUCCUGGAGAUCAAACUCUACUUUGUCUUCCAGAAUUGCAAGGCCGACAGGAAAAGUCUGGAGACAGUGGCAAGGAAGGCUUUGACAUUACUAUUAUCUGUUUGUGUGCCUGGUUUAUACUUGGUUCUGGUGGCUCUGGAUAGUAUGGAAUAUGUGAGAACUUUCCGGAAGAAAGAGGACAUGAGGAGUCGUCUGUUCUGGGUGGCUUUGGAUUUAUUGGACUUGCUGGAUAUCCAGGCCAACCUGUGGGAGCCCCAGUGGACAGGCCUGCCUAUUUGGGCUGAGGGCCUGAUGUUCUUCUACUGCUACAUCCUGCUGCUGAUCUUGCCCUGUGUGUCACUCAGUGAAAUAAGCAUGCAGGGGGAGCACAUGUCACCUCAGAAGAUGAUGCUGUACCCAGUCCUAAGCCUGGUCACCAUAAACGUGGUCACCAUCCUAAUACGGGGUGUAAACAUGGUGUUGUUCCAGGACAGCCGCGUUUCCACCAUCUUUGUUGGCAAGAAUGUGGUGGCCAUUGCCACCAAGGCGUCCACCUUCCUGGAGUACCGCAGACAGGUAAAGGAGUUUCCCCACCCACAGAACGCAAUGGCACUGGAGUUACAGCAGAACUCUGUCAGCCACACGCAGCCGCUGCCCAAUGCCACCAGUUUGCCACAUGAACCUUCACCAGCGCAGGAUGUCAUCGACACAUGACCAUCACAGCUGGACUCAGCUUUGUUUGAAACUGACUGAAAGUUCUGGGGUUGGAGGAUAGAAAAUCAGCUGCAUGACAGGAUGAUAUUCUGCUCUUGUCAAGCUCACAUGAACUGCUAUAAACCCAUAAAAGAGAUUUUUAGCAUCACCUGCCUGUCAGAAUAUGCUGUAAACCUACACUUGACUCUGAGUGCAGCGUGCAGACUUUAAAGUCAGAACAAAGAUUUUUAUCGUGCUAUGGUGUUUUUAUUUGUUUCAGAUGUUUUAAAAGUCUAAACUUUAUUAAGAGACAAUCUCUACACUGCACAGCUUGGUAAUAUUAUGUUGUGUGAAAUGGACAGCGAGUUUCCCCUCCUAUAUUCUUUGAAGGUCACUUAUUUUGACAGUGCAUCAGUGGCAUUUCCUCUGAAUUCCAGCACCAAAGGACAUACCAGUCAGCAUGAAGUACUGAUGGAGAGAAGGAGCUGAGACUAAUAAGGGUCAAUCAUGAGGGGCUAUCUGUGCUGUGCUACAGCAAGUUUGGAGGCUUCUGUGCUGAGAUAGGACCUCUGUUGACGCUGCUGUCCUUGUCAGUGUAAUGCUUUAUGGCCAAAGGUCUGAUUAAAGCACUGGCACACACCACUAGACCAUGCACUUCUGGCAUCCACACUGUGUGUGUGCGUGUAUGUGUGUGCGUGUGUGUGUGUGUGCGUGUGUGUGUGUGUGCGCAAACACGCAAAUCUAUGGAGUUUGUAUGCCUGAAUAUGUGUGUGUUCGCCACAGGAGGUUUAGGUUGUUUCAGGUUGUUUUGUAAAAGAUACAAGUGGAUUAUGGCUGUUACUAACUGAAAAUGAGACAAAAUACAGUAUGUAGUGAUGUCAGAAGUAAAACAACAUGAUGUAGGAAAGAUACUUUUUGUUUCCUGUACUGUACAUUCCUCCUAAACUAGCUCAAGUCUUGAAGUCAGAUAAUGAAGAAGUCCAGAGAAUGCCUCAUUAUAGAUUUAAUGACUAAAAUGCAAAAAUACAGUAACAUAGAAUAAGAGAUAUUUGAAACAUUAUUAUUAUUAUACUUAUUAUUAUUAUUAUUAUUAUGUACAUUCAUUUAUCAUAUUUACAUAUUGGAGGCCAAUUACGUUUUAAUAAAAUUCUAAAUGAAAAAUAAUAAUGAGCAUGGUUUCUUUUUCCAUACAGUUGAUUAUGAUUAACUAAAAUCAUUUUUAGUUCAAUUCAGAAGUAUUUGAUGUCCUUGUUGUCCUUGACAGCUACCUGACAGCAACAAACUGCAAAGAUACAUCUGUUAUAUUUUGUAUGAAAGAGUACACACAGCACAUAACUAUUUAGACUGAACAGCUUUUUCCAGGAAUUUCUCUGGAACAUUUUUUUUCUCUAAGGCCAUGACAUUUGGGGGCUGCAAGCAAUGAAUUUAUCUUUAAAAUGUGACAAAAAUGUAUGAACCAUUCCUCAGUUUCUCCCUUUUCCUCCUCGUUCUCAUUAUCACCUCCUAACUUGCUUUCUUUUUCUUCUGUAAACAGUAAUCUUCUCUGACCCAGUAUAAUUUACCAAGCAGAAGUUUUUCAACCAAUAAAUUGCCUUCAUGUUGCCAUAGAGAAUUGUAUUUUUGGACCUGAGUGCUGUGGAGGGAUGAGAAGAGGCCGGCCCCACGAGAAAAGUCACUUUACCGUUGUCAGGUUAACUAAGGUUAACUGCUGACCUCAGCUCAAAGAGACACACUGUCAGACCCACUUCAUUACAGAUAACUGUCAGUUGCAGAGGCUCAAAGAGAAGAUAUAUGUAAAGAAAAAUAGAUACAUAGAUAUCUAGAAUGGUGAUUGGUUUCAAAUUGCUACAAGUUGUAUCAUAUUUUCUUGAUUACUUGCUAGGAUGUCUUUUGCAAAACAUACACAAUCGCAAAUAGAAGUUUCACAAUUGCAAGAAACUGAAAUUACACAGAGCAGUGCUGAAUUCAUUUCCCAUGCCCACUAUGCUGUUGUUUUAAGCUCAUCAAACAGCCGAGCAUUAAAGUGAGCGAGUCGGAUCAGUUUGGGGCUUAAAGUAUCUGCAAAAACUGCCAGUCUCUUCUCCUGGAAUCUCUCUACAGAAACAUAUUGAUUGUUCAAGAUGGUGGAGUAUUAAAUAUUUUUGAGGCAUGGAGCACAUCCAGUUCAUUCUGAUGAUCUGUUUUCACUUCAGCUCCUGUCUUACAGAAACUCUCCACCAUUAAAGAUAAUGAAUGAAAUAAGAAAUGUUGACAUUGUGUAUUAUUGCUGGUCUUUGCAGGGCAUUUUCUGAUGUUGAAUUCUUCACCUUAAUUUUUGCAAAUAUGAAAGAGCUCUACUGCUGUCUAUUGACUAUUGGAAAUUAUUAAUGUAACAGUUUAUGAUGUUUUGUGUUUUUUAUUCAUGUAUUUACCGUUAUGGGACAGUCAACAGCUGAGAGUGAACAGAGCCCAAUAAAAGGGAGAUCAGCAUUUUG